AUGCCCAAAGGCAUUAGGCGCAGCAUUAAAUUAAGUGCACCAGAUGGUGUCGUCCCCAAUGCGAAUGCAGAGACUAAAAAGGACCAAGCUACAAAGUCCAUGCGUUUUUUUACCCACUACCAUAGGAUAGGAGCGAAUGACAUUCCAGCUACCGAUUUAGCUAUAAAGGUACCUCCCUGCGACACGGAGCUGUUCUAUGGAGGCUACGAAGAGUGGCCAGCAUUUAGAGACAUGUUCUCUGCGGUAUAUGUCGAUCACCCUAGACUACCGCCUGUUCAAAAGCUUUAUCACCUCCGCCUCAAGUGUCGCGGGCAGGCAGGAGAGAUUGUGAAGAAGUAUAAGCUCUGCGGUGAAAAUUUUUGCUUAGCAUGGGAGGCUUUGCGUAUGAGGUACGAAAAUAAAAGGAUAUUAGUGGACAAUCAACUUAAAAUUCUUCUAAAUUUACCUCCCAUUACUUCCGAAAGUUGUGAGUCCCUUCAAUACUUGCGAAGCACAAUUAAUGACUGCCUCUCUGCUCUGAAGGCGCAGAAUAUCUCGACAAAGGACUGGGAUCCUAUACUUAUUUACAUUUGCUCCACUAAACUUCCCCACGAAACUCUCUCCCUGUGGGAACAGUCCCUGAAAUCUCACAAGGAACUUCCAGAAUGGGAACAAAUGGACACCUUUCUCUCACAUAGGUAUGAAGUGGUGGAACGUUUGAAUAGCAUUCAAGAUGCACGACCUGCAACUAAAGAAAUUCAUAGGGAAAGUACUACUGUGACCAAGAAUGAAGCCAGUUUCCCGUGCAAGAUAUGCAAACUUAACCACCCAUUGAAACAAUGCCCAGAAUUUAAAAAGCUUGACCCACAAUCUCGAAGCACAUUUGUCUCCUUAAAUAACAUAUGCAUUAAUUGUCUCUCUUAUACUCAUACUCGGAAGAACUGUCAGAGCAAAUUCACAUGCAACACUUGUAACAAGAACCAUCAUUCACUACUGCAUUUUACCCGAAAUGGAGCUAGUUCUAAUCAAAAAAGCUAUAGUCCAAAAUCACCGGUUAGCGACGAAUCUCAGGCCCCAGAAGAAGCCCCGGAUUCUUCUUAUACGCAUCACAGCAAUGUAACUUUGGAAACAGCUUCACACUUUACUUCUAAUGCUGACAAUUCUUGGAAAGGAAACACUUUGCUACCUACUGCUGUUGUCCAAAUAAAGCACAAUGGUGAUUUGUUAAAAGCAAGAGCUUUUCUUGAUCAAGGCUCUGAGCGCUCUUUUGUUUCGAAGACUCUUCAGCAGCGAUUAAAGCUUGUGGUUGAGAAUAAGAAUUUCCAGAUCCAUGGAAUGGGUGGUGAAAUUGUGGCAAAUUCUAAUUCCAUAUGUUCGUUAACUCUGUAUUCAGAGAAGCAUGAGAUUGAGGUGAAUUUGGGAGCGAUAGUUGUCCCAAGAAUCACAAGGCUUUUACCUAAUUUCGAGAUAGCCAAGUCACAAACCAAUUUUAGUGGCAUAGAGGGUUUGGAACUCGCAGACCCUGAUUUCUACACUCCUGGGAAUGUAGACUUGCUCCUCGGCAGCGAUGUGAUGCCCUCUCUUCUCAUAAACGGGUUACGUAAGAUUUCUGAAUCUCUCCUUGCUCAAGCCACAAUAUUCGGUUGGAUUAUUAGCGGGCCUAUUCAGUGUCAAUCUGUUUCGGCAUUCUCCAUUGGAAUUUCUGAAAUGGAUGACGAAGCCAUUAGUACACAACUCAGAAGAUUUUGGGAGCAGGAAGAGAUACCGAAUAAGAUUCCCUUUUCGAAAGAAGAUGAGUUCUGCGAAUCUCUGUAUUUGAAGACCACGUAUAGGAAUAAGGAUGGCCGAUAUGUGGUUAAACUUCCAUUCAAACCUGGGUUUCCACGGGAGAUGCCUUUGGGGUGUUCUCGUUCUAAAGCCCUCAUCCAGUUUAUUGGUAUGGAAAAUUCUUUGAAAAAAAAUUCCGAGUUUGCCGAAACUUAUCGAAAUGUUUUGGCCGAAUAUUUGACACUUGGUCAUAUGACACCAACAUCAUCUCAGGAAAUAAUUUCCCAAGGUUCAUUUCACUCAUAUUAUAUGCCUCACCAUGCGGUUAUGAAGCCCGACAGUCGGAGUACUAAGCUAAGGGUAGUCUUCAAUGCUUCAAGGAAAACCAUCAGGACAUUAUUACAGCUUGCCAAAGACUCUGAGGAUCGUUUUCCUCAGGCAGCACAUAUUUUAAGAAAUGAGACAUACGUAGACGAUAUUCUGACAGGCUCUCAUGAUUUAAAUUCGGCUAUAAAAGUGCUCUCUCAAAUCAUUACGGUAUUGGAAUCUGCUGGAUUUCAUUUGAGAAAAAUAUCGGCAAACACCAAAGAUAUACUGGAAUCCGUUCCCAACGAAUCACUCUUAGAUUGUGACUUUCUCAAGUUCGCAGAAACAAGCGGUACUAAAACGCUUGGAAUACAGUGGAACGCGCUGAAAGAUUGUUUUUCAUAUAAAAUAGAACCCAUAGAAAAACAAUUAGAUAUUACAAAAAGAAAAAUACUGUCCACUGUCGCAAAAAUAUUUGACCCGGCGGGGUGGAUUUCGCCCAUUAUAAUCCAGUCAAAAAUGCUCCUACAACAUCUCUGGUUGGAAGGAACUAAGUGGGAUGAAAGCGUCAAACCCAAUACCCUGCUCAAGUGGAAUCAAUUUGUAGAUAACAUACAGCUAAUACCCAACAUACAUAUUCCUCGCUGGGUAAAGUUUGCCCCCCUUGUCUCUACGCAGAUUCACGGUUUCUGUGACGCGUCUGAGAAGGCGUAUUGCGCGGUUAUCUAUUUACGUGUCCAAAGAAAUCAAUCAACGGAAUCUAAUUUAUUUGUGUCAAAAACCAAAGUGGCUCCGCUAGAACCCGUAAGUCUACCAAGACUGGAAUUGUGUGGUGCUCUACUUCUCUCUCGGUUGGUGAAAAAAGUACUGUCUCAACUCCCGAUAAAUAAUUAUGACCUCUACUUAUGGUGUGACUCAUCGAUUGUCCUCGGCUGGUUAGAAAAACCGCCAUCAUCAUGGAAGACAUACGUCGCUAAUAGGACAGCAGAAAUUAUUCGAAAUAUUGGUAACAUUUCAUGGCGUCACAUUCGAUCAGCAGACAAUCCAGCAGAUGUGGGUUCUAGGGGUUGUAAUACUAUGGACCUCAUGCAGAAUUCCUUGUGGUGGAAGGGUCCAACAUGGCUUAUAGAGCCGCCAAACGAAUGGCCAAAGUCUCUUCCUGCAUAUAUUGACCCGCCCGAAAAGAAAAAGAUAAAUGUUUUCCAUAUGAACGAAAUUGUAGAUCCCUUAGAAAGAUUUUCAAGGUGGGACCGCGCCAUACGAGUAAUUUGCUAUGUACGAAGGUUUUUGCAUAACUCCCACAAAGAAAAACGACAACAACACACUCAAGACUCCAAAAUUAUAACACAUUCCGAAUUCACCGAAACAAAAAACUUGCUAAUUACUUUGGCCCAAAGGCAGUACUAUGGCAAGGAAUAUCAUUCACUUUUGACGUCAAAACCUAUUAGCAAGAAAAGUCCUUUAUAUUCUCUAAAUCCUUUUAUUGAUAAAUGUGGGGUACUCAGAGCCUCAGGCAGAAUCUCAAAUUCAGAUUUCGCCUUUAACGAACGCCAUCCCAUCAUAGUCCCCGGACAGAAGAAAUUCCAGAAUCCAUCAAUGCCUAAUUUGUAA